GAGGCAAUUCUGCUCCCUGACUCUGUCCUGCCAGAUUUGUAACUGCCGAGCCCAAGCACAGCUGAGAGUCUAAUGGAGAGAGGUGUAUCUGAGCCCUCUGUCGUAUGGCAAUGUCGUGGCAAACUGUCACCCUCACACUCCUUCUGCUCUUCAAGGGACAUCAAGGCCGAGGAUGCUCUUCUGGUGAUCGUGUGGUCAGCCUCUCUGGACAGCCUGUCUUGCUACGGCUCCCCAACACUCAGACGAACCCACAGACAGUUGAAUGGAAGACGAAGCUGCCCUUACACAAUGACACUAAGCUGAUACUGCGUUUGAAGCGUGCUCCCAGUGUGGUCUCUCCACCUUCCUUACCCUAUUUGAACAGUACACUUGAGUUUAAGAGGGAGAACUGGAGUCUUCUCAUCAUGGCAGCAAAGCCAGAGUACAGUGGUCUCUACAAAGUGGAGAUAACCGAUGAGAAUGGGACAGUUUUUUGUAUCCAGUUCGAGGUCCUCAUAGUUGAUCAUGUAGAGAAGCCCCACCUGCAUGUAGAGAGAAAGGUCAUAGAUGAAGGAAAAUGUCAAGCUUUUCUGUCCUGCUUGGCCUCCAGGAAUGACCAUGUGAGCUAUGCUUGGUACAGAGACAGCAAUUUGAUCCUGACAUCGGGGAACCUUUCCCAGCUGGUGGUGCAGAUUGAUGCUAAUGAGCAGAACACGUAUACCUGCAAUGUCAGCAAUGCUGCCAGCUGGGCAACUGAAAGUCUCAGGCUCACGCAGGGCUGUCUGGAAUCCAGGUUUUGGCCCUUGUGGGUGGUCAUUGCGAUUGUAGUCAUGCUGAUUCUCAGCGCUCUCACUUGCUUCUGUGUGUGGAAGAGGAAGAGGAAGAGAAAGCAGUCACAGCCCAGCCCUUCAGAACAUCUGACAGUGUACGAAGACAUCAAGGAAGUCAGGAGGAAUCAAUAUUCUGCUUUUACAUCACAACCCUCACAAGAAACUGAUCUUACUUUAUAUUCAGUAAUACGAGGUUCCCAGAAGACUAAAUGCAAGAAGAGGAACCAAGAUCCUUCCCCCAUUUGCACCAUCUACGAUCAGGUUGGGAGCAGACCACAUAAAGCCUGUAACCCUGCCCGGCUGAGCCGCAGAGAGCUGGAGAACUUUGAAGUUCACUACUAGCUGCUGCUGCCAUCCUCACCCCUCUUCCGUGUGAGCAUCUGCUCUGGGGAUCAGCAUGAUGGAUGGCACUGCCUGAGGGUGGCCCUGCUCUUGGUCUACAGGGGACCUUGAUGUUUAUUCACAGCUUCUACUUUGUUCUGAAAAUGAUUUUGAACAGCCACUGCAAGAGCAAGGUUGUUAAAUAAUAUCUCUCAACUUGCAGACCAAACAAGAACAGCAUGGUGGGUGGGCUGUAUUCCGAGUGCUUGGAACCUCUAACAUGUUCUGUAACUGCAGAUGCCCACGCCUUCGUUUUGAAAUCUUUUUCUUGUGUUCCCUCCUUGCUGGGCUGAGUGCAUUUCUAGGUGCUGCUCUUGCCAAAGCAAGAGCCGAGAAAAGUGGAGCUAUGGGCUGGCUGGUGGGUUCUCACAGCACAGCGUUACUCGAAUGCAAGGAGAAAACGCCCCACCCUGAUCUCAUAGAUUGAUCUGGCCAGUUGCUCACAAGAGUAGGUGGGAGGAGUGAGGGGAGGUGGUGGUACAAGCCAAUAUCUUCUUUGAAUGGGAAAAUCAUCCCGAGCCCGAGCCCACAGAGUCCUGUAAUUGGGAGGUGAAACUAGCUGUGUCUGUGGUAGCGUGUUGGACUUACAAAGUCUCACUACUGAGCCUUCCUCUCCUGGCGACUGGCCAGGUUGGCUUCCUCCUAGGGAGAAGUGAGGACAGGCCACAUUCUGAAGUAAGUACCUUUUUUUUUUUUUUUUUUUUUACCAAAGAAGAGGUUCUUUUAGAGACUACAUCCUGUUUUAGUUCUGCCACCUGGACAGAGGACUCAGACCAUUUCGUGCCAAGGAAGAGGCAAUUGGAGACCGAUUCUGUGCUGCGUCUGCUGCUCUUCAGCCCAGCCGCCCUAGCAAGGCCCUGGGGAGCAUGGCUGAGGUGACUGAGCCCUGAAAGGAAAAAAGGGGUGAUGGGGUGUUGGGAAGGGUCUACCAGAGACCCCAGCUGGUGAUACUGUUAAGAGCUCACUUCUUCAGUUGAUCCCACCCUGCACUGAACAUCUGCAUUUAAUAAAAAGAAAAAAAAAACUUUGGUAUUAUACAAAGGCUCUCUAAAUCCUUUGAAUUAAAUUUGUCUUCUCUAUACUCAGCAUUUUUACUCUCUGUAGCACCCAGAGGGUACUUGUGGGCCAU